AUGUCCUCCACAGCUAUCAUCAGGAGGUGAAGAAAGUCAUAGAUGUGGCUCAAGGUACCUGGGAGAGGUUCAAGGAGGGGAUGCAGAGGAAAUACCGCCUGGGAGACGGGUUGUUGACUACCACGGACCUUGAAGCGAUGAACAAAGAGGAUCUUACGACUAUAGGGGCCUUUGUUCAAAAAUUUACGGAGAGGGCGCGGAAGGUCUAUGGGAUUUCGGAGGAAGCACAGUGCGCCAUCUUCCUGGGGCUACUUACAGCGUCGGAGGCCGUCGAGUUGACGAGACAUGGAGGAGGUAGCACUAAGCUCACCUGGGCCACCAUUGACAGAGGGGUGGAAGUUGGGUGCUUGGACCAGGUGGAACAACGUGAGGUACGCCUGCAAAGGCAGAAGAGAAAGGAAAGAGAUGCGACCGCUUCUGGGACCCCGGGGGUAACAAGGAUUGUUACAGAUGUAUUGGCACAACUAGGGUAUGCGACAGAGCCGGUGGUGCAAAGGAGGGUGGUGACGGCUGUAAAAGUAAAAGGAAAAAAACCAGUGAUAGAGGAGGCUUUUCAGGAAGAGCUCUGGGAAGAGGAAGAGCCGGUGCCGCAGCACCUGACGAAGGUCCAGCGCAAAGUGCGUAAUUUGGCGCAGGGCGGACAGGGAUCAGGAAAAGCGCAGGCGCCUCAGGCCCAGGCAGCAGCCCCUUUAUUUGUGGCGGUUCCAUCAUCUAGUACGGGCCCCUCGCAAGGUGGGGCGCCCUCCUACGGACAGUGGCCCUGGCCGAUGAUCAAUGCAAUUGUGCCAUGGGAAAGCCCGCCGCCAGUAGCCGGACCGCAAACGAGUAUGCCACCACCCAUCUACCCCGCGGCCCAGGCCCAACCUGUGGCCCCGCCACCGUCACCUGAUCCCAGUUCACAGGGCAGUGUUGUAGGAGGUGGGAACCAGGGGCAGGGCAAUCAAGGCAACGGAGGGAGGGGUGGAGGAAGGGGGCGAGGUAGGAAUGGCGGUGGAAGAGGAAGGGGACGGCUCAAGCAGGGUUCCCAAAGGCGGUACAAGACGGUAGACAAGAAGUGCCGCCUGGUACCCGUCCUCGUUACAGAGGACGAGGAAGCAUAUUACGAGAGGGAACGAGGGUUGAUACGACGAAUGAGAGAAAGUGCUUUAGCAGGGCCACGUCGUAUCAACGAAGGGAACGAGAAGGAGUUGAUCAUAGUGGAGUCUGAUUUCCUGCUGCCUCAGGAGCGAACGUUGAUGGUGGAAUUAAUGAAGAGGAAACAUCACGCCUAUGCGUUUAGUGACGAGGAGCGUGGCAGGCUGGAUGUGGACAAGAUACCUAUGAUCCGCAUCCACACCGUGCCACAUGAGCCUUGGAACAUGAGAGGGCCGCGAUAUCCCAAUCCUGACGAGGAAACGAAGGUGGUGGAUUACCUCGAUGGCAAGAUACGUACUCACGUCGCCGACUAUUCAAGUGGACCGUAUGCGUCCUCGUGGUUCUGCUUUAUUAAGCCUAACGGGACGCUGCGGUGGGUGCAGGAUUUGCAAAGACUGAAUGCAGUGACCGUGCGAGAUGCUAGAGGACUGCCGAAUGCAGACGCGCUGUCGGAAUCCUGUGUUGGAAGGCCUAUAAUUUCGCUUAUAGACCUUUACUCAGGAUACGAUCAGUUCCCAGUCUACCCGCCGGAUAGGCCGGUGACGGCUAUGCACACGCCGCGAGGAUUAGUCCACAUAAACGUGGCCCCACAAGGGUGGACCAACGCAGUAGCAAUGGUCCAACGGGCCAUGAUUCGGGCCAUGCAGUCAGUCAGCCCCCAUAUCACCCAGCCAUACAUUGACGAUUUGGCAGUGAAGGGGCCGGCGAUGAAAGAGAGCGAUGAAGUCUCAUCGGGGGUAAGGUGCUUUGUCUGGAAACACAUCCAGGACCUCGCAAAGGUCCUGAGCCUGCUCGAAGAGCAUAACCUCACGGCAAGCGGGGCCAAAUCCAGACACUGCAUGAGGGAAGCGACUAUCUUGGGGAUCGUCUGCAAUGAGAAGGGUCGAAGGCCGGAUGUGAAGAAGACGGACAAGAUUACUGAGUGGUCAGUUCCGUUCCACUCAAUAACUGAUGUCAGGAGCUUCCUUGGUACGUGUGAAUUUUGGCGGGUCUUCGUCAAAAACUUUGCCGCUAAGACUGAACACCUGAGGAAGUUAGUCCGUCAGGAUCAGGAAUGGGUAUGGGGUGAGGAACAAAAAGAGGUGGUGACAAAAAUGAAGGAGGAAUUUCGAGAAGGAGGGUUGGUGUUAGGAGCACCAGAUUAUGACGCCACAGAGACGCGAACCUUCAUUGUCGAAACGGAUGCGGGACCGACUGCCUUAGGGGGAGUUCUAAUUCAGGCAGACAUGGAAGGAAAGGAAAGACCCUUGCGAUUUAAAAGCCGGACUCUCUGUACGACGGAGAGGAACUACUCUCAGUUCAAGAGGGAGACCCUUGCUGUCCUCCACUGUCUGCAAAUUUUUCGGAACUAUAUCUUCGGCAGGAGGUUUAUUUUGAGAGUGGAUCCGACCGCCCUGACCUACUCUCUAAGGAAUUACGUUCCAUCGGAUCCGACGGUUGCCAGAUGGUUGACGUACAUCUGGAUGUUCAAUUUCGAAUUGGAACGGAUUCCUGGUAGUAAGAAUCGGGCGGACGGGCUGAGUCGGAUCAACUGGGAUAAACAGGAAGGGGAGGCGGUGAAGAAUACGCCCCCAGUUGAUGGAUUUCUGGAUCAGGAAGAAGAUGUUCGUCUUCAUAUCAACAAGUGGUCGCCGCGAGUGCCCAGCUGUGUAGGCUAUCCUAUCUGGCAAGCGCCGAAGGGGUAUGAAAGGAGGAAUGAGCUAGUCCUUAAGCCCUUUGAGGAAGAAGAUCCCUGGGGCGGUAAGGAUGUUCAGUGGAUGAUGGAGCUAGCGCUGGCCAGCUCGCAUAGCCUGGUGGAGGACAUGAGAACAAUUGAGGAAGGACCUGGCCAGGUAGAACGGCAUGAGGACCUGAUGGGAGGAAUGUAUCUCCUCGUCAACACGUUAUUGCAGGAAGGCCUCGACCAGUCAGGCUCGUUAAACUCGACAGGAAAUGUGGACGAAGUGCCCGAGAGCCAGGACGACGAGUUCGACGAGGGGGAGAUUAAGGAGGCUUUUCGUGCAGAGGAGUACGACGAGAUCUACCUAGAACUGGGGCUUCUUCUGUCAUGUGAAAUGCGGCUAAGGGAUGCAAGCGAUAGGGCUCAGAGGAUGCUGUAGCGCUACUUAGUGCGAGAUGGCCACCUUUUCGUGAGAAGAGAAGUGGGGAAUCCCAGGAGGGUCGUCUGCGGUAGGAAUUAUCAGAUCGA